GGUCGCUGUGUUUGGCUUAAUCCUUUUCAAAAAUCAGAGGAGGAAGAAGAAGAAGAUGAAGAGGAGGAGAAAGCAGAGGAGCCAAAUGAACUACAGCAAGAAAUAGGACCUCCUCUUCUCACUCCACUCUCUGAAGAUGAAGGAAUUCAGAACAUCCCUGCUUGGACAGCUGAGGCUUCUACAAGCCUGAUCCCGCAAUACGCUGUUGCAAUCCUCCAGUCUAACCGAUGGCCCGGAGCAUAUGCCUUCGCGUCUGGCAAGAAAUUUGAUAACAUCUACUUUGGCUGGGGUCACAAAUACAGUCUAGAGAACCACACUCCCGCACUCCCUCCGCCAGUGCAAGCGGAAUAUCCCAGCGGGCCAGAAAUCGCUGAGACAAGAGACCCCACUCUGGAAGAGGAACUGGCUUUCAAGGCUGCGAGGGAAGAAGCCCUAGCUGCAGCUGAGGAAGAGGAAGAUGAGGAAGACGUUGAUGAGGAUGAUGAAGAGGAGGAUGAUGAUUAA